AUGGAUUCUUUACCACCUGCGAAGUUGCGGCGCGCGCCUUUGUCCAAGGGGCAAUCGAUUGAUCAUCUGGAAUUUGUCGAUGUAACUCCGAUUAUCGGCCGCGAGUAUCCCGCCGCGAAGAUCAGAGACAUACUCACAGCAGAGAAUGCCGAAGAGCAACUUCGAGACUUGGCCAUCACAAUCUGCGAGCGCGGGGUGGUCUUCUUCCGAGCACCCCAGGACGACCUGUCCAUUGACGAACAGAAACGCGUCACUGACUUGCUCGGCAAGCUUACUGGGAGACCCGCCGAAAAUGGCCUUCAUGUCCAUCCUUUGUACAACGAUAAGAACAACGUACCCAUGGCCGACGGAACCACGGACAAGAACAUAUAUGUGAUAAAUUCAGAGGCUCAGAAGAAAAUGUAUGCGACCAUGAAGAACCCUCCCGGACGCGUGCCCGGUGAGCCGUGGGACCUGGGACGUGAGUGGCACAGCGAUAGUCUUUUCGAGACCUGUCCCUCCGACUUUUCGUUCCUCCGGAUGCAGGUGACGCCGCCCGCCGGGGGUGACACGCUCUGGGUGUCCGGCUACGAGCUUUACGACCGUCUCUCGCCACCCUUCCAGCAAUUCCUCGAGACCCUGACGGCCGAGUGUGCGCAGCCCGUCUUCAAGUCGGCGUGCGAGGCUGGCGGGUACGAGGUCAUGUCGCCCCGUGGCUCACCCCUGAACGUAGACUUUGCAUUCGAGCCCCACCAUCCUGUGGUCCGCACGCAUCCGGUGACAGGAUGGAAGAGUGUCUUUGCCGGCGUGGGCCUGCAUGUGUCCAAGAUCGAUGGGGUAUGGCCAUACGAGGACCAGAUGAUCAGGGACUACCUCAUGAGGAUAAUCACGCGAAAUCACGACUGUGUUGCCAGGAUGCACUGGACUCAGGGUGCCUGUGCUAUUUGGAGUAACGUUUGCACGCUACACGCGGCCACGCCAGACACACACCUCGCUGAUGGGGUCAGGUUGGGCGUGCGAGCGACCGGUAUUGGAGAGGUGCCCUAUUUGGAUGCUGCAAGCACAGGGCGCCGAGAGGCCCUGGCGAUACCUCGCUUCUGA